UAUUAGAAGAAAACACUAUCGGCCCAAGAGUCCGAGCUUUCUUGUUCAAGGGGUUGGGACGAUACUCUGCCAUUGUUUCUGUGCUCGACUAACUCCAUUAGCUUCUCUAAUCUCUCUCUCUCUCUUUAUCGUCUCCUCUAGAUUUUGUCAUCGCAAUGGGGGACAGCGGGAACCUCGAGGCGUCGAUAGAUCGGCUUCUGAAUGAGGAGAAGCAGAUGAGACUCGCGGAGAACGUCGCCGGUACGAGGAAAGCGGCUACUGAGAUUCUGCAGCUCUGUUUCGAAGCCAAGGACUGGAAACUUCUCAAUGAGCAGAUUCUCAACCUCUCGAAGAAGCGUGGUCAGCUUAAACAGGCUGUGCAAUCCAUGGUGCAGCAAGCAAUGCAGUACAUCGAUCAGACUCCUGAUAUAGAAACUCGGAUUGAGCUUAUCAAGACGCUGAACAAUGUUUCUGCUGGAAAGAUAUAUGUUGAAAUUGAGAGGGCUCGGCUCACGAGAAAGCUUGCUAAGAUUAAGGAAGACCAGGGUCAGAUUGCUGAGGCUGCAGAUCUUAUGCAAGAAGUUGCUGUGGAGACAUUUGGAGCUAUGGCAAAAACUGAGAAAAUUGCAUUUAUCCUUGAACAAGUCCGCUUGUGCUUGGAUCGUCAAGAUUAUGUUCGUGCACAAAUCUUGUCUAGGAAGAUCAAUCCUAGAGUUUUUGAUGCAGAUACUAAAAAAGAUAAGAAGAAACCUAAGGAAGGUGAGAACAUUGUAGAGGAGGCUCCUGCUGAUAUACCUACUUUGUUGGAGCUUAAGAGAAUUUACUAUGAGCUGAUGAUUCGGUAUUAUUCUCAUAACAAUGAAUACCUUGAGAUCUGCCGUAGCUACAAGGCGAUAUAUGACAUCCCUUCUGUAAAAGAAAACCCAGAGCAGUGGAUUCCAGUCCUGAGGAAGAUCUGCUGGUUCUUGGUCUUGGCACCUCAUGACCCAAUGCAAUCAAGCUUGCUCAAUGCAACUUUGGAAGAUAAGAAUUUAUCAGAGAUUCCUGAUUUCAAGAUGCUUCUAAAACAGGUAGUGACAAUGGAGGUUAUUCAAUGGACCUCUCUCUGGAACAAAUACAAGGAUGAGUUUGAGAAAGAAAGAACCAUGGUUGGAGGUUCUUUGGGUGACAAAGCAGGUGAAGAUCUGAAACUGAGAAUCAUUGAACAUAAUAUACUCGUUGUCUCAAAGUACUACUCAAGGAUAACCUUAAAGAGACUUGCAGAGCUUUUAUGUCUGAGCAUUGAGGAGGCGGAGAAGCAUCUCUCGGAGAUGGUCGUGUCGAAAGCACUGAUUGCAAAAAUAGACAGACCAUCAGGGAUUGUGUGCUUCCAGGUCUCAAAGGACAGCAACGAGAUUCUAAACUCGUGGGCAGUGAAUCUGGAGAAGCUCUUAGAUCUUGUUGAAAAGAGUUGCCACCAAAUUCACAAGGAAACCAUGGUUCACAAAGCCGCACUGAGACCUUGAACAUCCAUCUGCUCUUCCAUGAAACUUUUCAGGAUCUUCGUUGAGUUUAUUAGCAUGUUUGGGUGGAAAAAGACUCCAAACACUUGUUUCCUUGUCAAGACUUCAGAUAUGUAGUAUGGUUUUGUACACUAGUUGGUUUUAUCAGCAAUUUGUUUUUCAAAGAUUUUUGGUGAACUAUUUAUUUUUAAGAUUAAGAAACACAGAGUGUAUUCGAUCUAUAAUUUCAAAAGUGAUUUGAUU